CGGAAAGCAGACUUCUUGCUUGGAUCUCAAGCCUUGUGUGUAUGUGAAGGACCACUAACUCUUUAUUCAUGCAACGAUUAGUGGCGUCGCCAACCAAGUUGUUCGCCAUGAACUCGCUGCGUCGCUUUGUCGAGUAGAAAUUUUAGCCGGUGGCAGUUCGUUCAGAAGAGGACAGAACGCGCCAAACGUGCAUGAUGGUACUGGAGUCUACUGCAGCGUGAUAGGCGAAGCCAAAACCCACCGACGAGAGACAGAUCCAUCACUCGCUCACUUGAAGAUUUACCGUCUUCCAUAACCGCUCUCAUUCAAGAGUGUCGGCCAGCUUUCAAGAACUAAUCUUUACCGGUUCUGCUCUAUCCCGACCUAACACGGCCAUGGAGGGUGGGCAACAAGAAAUGCGCUUAUUUAUUGCCUUGUGGGCGAAAAAAGUUGGCGUCUUGCGGCCUCCGAUGAGAUGAGCUGCACGGUUGGCGCUGCCAUAGCCCUACACCUUGCCCAUCUGGUGUGAGGAGGAUUCGAUCUCCUUGGCAUUGUGGAGAGACCGCGCUGGUGACCUUUAGCUCUACCCCCUUUGGGAGGAGUGUGAGAUCUGAGAGAUUGGAGUGGGAUUGAGAAUGGCAGUCCAGAGCUCACCACAUUUCCUCUCCCCACUCCCCUUUUCCCUCCUCCUGCUUUUCCUCCUCCCCGCGGCGCAAUGUGGUGUGACCUAUGACAGGAAGGCCAUCGUCAUCAAUGGACAGCGGAGGAUCCUCAUCUCAGGCUCCAUUCACUACCCCAGAAGCACCCCAGAAAUGUGGGAAGGACUUGUACAAAAAGCUAAAGAUGGAGGAUUGGAUGUUAUACAGACUUAUGUCUUCUGGAACGGCCAUGAACCUUCACCUGGCAGUUAUAAUUUCGAGGGAAGGUAUGACUUGGUUAGGUUUAUCAAGACAGUCCAGAAGGUGGGGCUGCAUGUUCACCUCCGAAUUGGACCGUAUGUUUGUGCAGAGUGGAAUUUUGGAGGAUUUCCAGUUUGGUUGAAAUAUGUGCCCGGAAUCAGCUUCAGAACAGAUAAUGAGCCUUUCAAGAUGGCUAUGCAAGGUUUCACCCAGAAAAUUGUUGAUAUGAUGAAGAGUGAAUCACUUUUUGCUUCUCAGGGUGGGCCGAUCAUCCUUUCACAGAUUGAAAACGAGUAUGGGCCUGAAAGUAAGGCAUUUGGCGCCGCUGGUCAUGCAUACAUGAACUGGGCUGCACAAAUGGCUGUCGGGUUGGGCACUGGUGUACCAUGGGUGAUGUGUAAGGAGGAGGAUGCUCCUGAAUCAGUGAUAAAUACAUGCAAUGGCUUCUAUUGUCAUAGUUUUACUCCAAAUAAGCCUUAUAAGCCUACCAUGUGGACAGAAGCUUGGAGUGGUUGGUUUACAGAAUUCGGAGACACUAUCCGUCAACGACCAGUUCAAGAUCUUGCAUUUGCUGUGGCACGUUUUAUACAAAAGGGCGGCUCAUUUAUAAACUAUUACAUGUACCAUGGAGGAACUAAUUUCGGGCAUACAGCUGGAGGACCCUUCAUCACAACCAGUUAUGACUAUGAUGCACCGAUUGACGAAUAUGGAUUAGUCCGAGAACCAAAGUACGGGCACUUGAAAGAGCUUCACAGGGCCAUUAAGUUGUGUGAGCAAGCUCUUAUUUCUGCCGAUCCUACUGUUACUUCUUUGGGAAACCUCCAAGAGGCUCAUGUUUUCAGCCCCCAAUCUGGAGGAUGUGCAGCUUUCCUUGCUAAUUAUGAUACAAAUUCCUUUGCAAGAGUAAUGUUCAACAACAUGCACUACAGCCUCCCACCAUGGUCAAUCAGCAUCUUACCGGACUGCAGAAAUGUAGUUUUCAACACUGCAAAGAUCGGAGUGCAAACAUCUCAGAUGCAAAUGUACCCAAUUAAUGCUCAGUCACUUGUGUGGGAGACCUAUGAUGAUGAGGUAGCUUCACAGGGAGAAAACUCACUAAUUACCUCGACUGGGCUGUUAGAACAGAUAAAUGUCACAAGGGAUACAAGUGACUACUUGUGGUACAUCACUAGUGUUGAUGUCAAUCCUGCUGAAGAAUUCUUACAACGAGGUCGGCGUCCUGUUCUCACCGUCCAUUCUGCUGGUCAUGCUCUUCAUGUCUUUAUUAAUGGAGAGCUCUCAGGUUCUGCUUAUGGGACCAGGAAGGAUAGGAAGAUCAAAUUUUCUGGUAAUGUCAAUCUUCGCGCUGGAACUAAUAAAAUUGCACUGUUAAGUGUGGCUGUUGGGCUACCAAACGCAGGCCCACAUUACGAGUUGUGGAGUACUGGAGUUCUAGGUCCUGUUGUGUUACAUGGUUUUGAUGGGGGCAGCAAGGACCUAACAUGGCAGCAAUGGUCAUAUCAGGUUGGUCUUAAAGGAGAAGCCAUGAAUUUGCAUUCCUUGGAGGGUACUUUCUCUGUUGAGUGGAUGCAAUCCUCAUUAGCAGUUCAAAAUCAGCAGCCUUUAACAUGGUACCGGGCGUAUAUUGAUGCUCCUGAUGGGGAUGAGCCAUUAGCUUUGGAUAUGGGAAGUAUGGGAAAGGGCGAGGCUUGGAUAAAUGGGCAAAGUAUUGGAAGAUACUGGACUGCAUCUGCUCCUAAUGAACAUUGCAGUUCAUGCAGUUAUACAGGGACAUAUCGAUCGCCAAAGUGUCAAAGCAAUUGUGGCCAACCAACCCAAAGAUGGUACCAUGUGCCAAGAUCCUGGUUACAGCCAUCGAGAAAUCUACUAGUAGUAUUUGAAGAGCUUGGAGGUGAUGCGACAAAAAUCUCUCUAGCUAAGAGAUCCAUCUCCAGUGUGUGUGCUGAUGUAUCUGAAUGGCACCCCAUGAUAAAAAAUUGGGAGAUAGAGAGUUAUGGUCGGCCUGAAGAACACCACAAGCCAAAGGUCCACCUCCAAUGCACUCCGGGACAAGUUAUAUCAGCCAUCAAAUUUGCUAGCUAUGGAACACCCGUCGGAACAUGUGGAAAUUUCCAACAGGGAGCAUGCCAUUCAUCAAAUUCCUACAGUAUUUUGGAAAAGAAGUGCAUUGGACAGCAGAGGUGUAUGGUUGCCAUCUCCGCCACCAAUUUUGGUGGGGAUCCAUGCCUACAUGUCAUGAAAAGAGUCGCGGUAGAAGCCAUAUGCUCUGCAGUUGCUCAACCAAUGCAUUGAUCUUCAUAAAGCACAUAGAGGAAGUUCUUAAUAUCUCGAAAGAAGGCUGAGAAAAUCUCGGCACAGUUGUAAAGUGUGUGUCAAUCCAAGUUGCUUCUUUGGAUUCUCAGUUGUUUGGCUUGCUGGCUUGCAAUUAGAAGUCGGUGCCAGGUCAGAAAGCAAGAGGAAAGUAGAGAAAAAUCCUCCAUCUUCAUGCUUUGGUAUGGUAAUGAAGUCAUCGUGUGAUUGGUGCAGUUGCAGGAAUCCAAUGCCUCGUUGCCGCCAUUAGUUUUCUUCCAGAUUUUGAUCAGUACAAAACUGGUUGCAAAAAUUCAAUUAGUGAUGUCGUCUGCUGCCGUCUCUAUCUUGUUCUUGGAUGGCAUGUCUUGUAAUGAAUUGUGUGGCAAUGAGAACCUUUUCUUACAUGUUC